AUGGUUUAUUGAUUAAUGGUUGGAUCAAGAUUAGGGUCCCUUUGUUAAAUUUUAGAAACUAGAUUUAAUAAAUCAAUUUUAGGAUUGAUCUAGAUCAUUAAAUCCGAAAGAUGAGGCUGCUUUUUUUUAUAUUGUUGUUGUUCCAAUUCCAAAGACAAAAUUUGGGAGUUAACUGAAAUCCUGAUGUCAAAUUCUUUGGUAGUGAAGCUGAAAAAUUAGAAAAAGGUGCAAUUAUGGCUCACAGAAAAUUUAGAAUUAUUACUUCGUUGCAAAAAAUGAAAUAUUUUAGCUUGGAAGAAAAAGAAACUACUGAGUUUUUAUGGAAAGCUUAUCCAGAACUUCAAUUUUGUUAUCUUGAUGAAGAAGUUGAUGAAAAAACUAGUGGAAAUUGUUUAUAUUAAGCAUUAGUUGAUGGUAGUUGUAUCAUUUAAGAAACAUUGAAAGAGAGCCAAAAUAUAGAAUUAGAUUAUCAGGAAAUCCAAUUUUAGGCGAUCGUAAAGCUGAAAUUCAAAAUCAUUCUUUGAGCCUUUCCAGAGGUAAAAAUGUUCCAUUAGUUGACGCAAAUCAAGAUAAAUAUUUGGAAGAAUGUUUGAAGAAUAAAAGUAUUUUAGCUGUGAUUGAAGAACCAUUAGAUCCUUAUGUUAAUACCUUAGAAGACAAAUCUGUAGUUAACUUUUGUAUUAGAUACGUAAAGUAUCAAGUAUUUAUGAAUACAGAUCUACAACCAGAUGCAUGA